ACACAUGCUCAUCUUAACAUCAUUUUGUUAAUAUUGAAUUACAGCAUAGAUUACUUGAAGUUGAGGUUCUCAUGCUAUAUAUAUAUUAAGUAAUAGACCAAUUACCCUUGUAAGAACACCAAUACUAACUUCUACUUGGACAAGAAAAGAAGAUAGUCUAGCUAAAAUGUCUUUAAUGGCACCUAAAUCCGUUUUGUUUAUCCUCAUGAUAAUCUUCAUAUCAGCAAAACUCAUAUCAGCUCAAGAUGAAUGCCAAACGGAAGAAUCAGGUGAUUGCGUUAGCAAAUCUCGCGCACAACCACUCAAGAUAAUUGCCAUCUUUUCCAUAUUGAUUACAAGCAUGAUUGGUGUGGGCUCUCCACUCUUCGCCAAGUAUAUUCCUGCGUUACAUCCAGAUCGUGAUGUUUUCGUAAUAGUGAAAGCGUUUGCAGCAGGGAUUAUUCUCGCAACGGGGUUUAUGCACGUUUUGCCUGAUUCAUUCGAUAUGUUGUCGUCGAGUUGUUUGUCUGAUAACCCAUGGCAUAAAUUUCCAUUUACUGGAUUUGUAGCAAUGCUUUCUGCUAUUGUCACACUAAUGGUGGAUUCAAUGGCUACUAGUUUCUAUACUACUAAGAACAACAAGAUGAUGAUCCAACCAACGUCAGAGGGUGACCAUGAACUGGGUAAUACAGCCGAAGGAGGUGCCGGUGGUGGUUCUCAUUUCCAUGCUCACGGCCAUCAUCACGGUGCCGCACUCGGUAGCUCCAAAGGACCUAUUGGAACUCAAUUACUUCGAUACCGAGUCGUUGCAAUGGUGUUGGAACUGGGAAUUGUUGUGCACUCGAUUGUAAUUGGCCUUGGAGUAGGAGCCUCAAAUAAUACUUGCACCAUAAAGCCUCUUGUCGCUGCUCUUUGUUUCCAUCAAAUGUUCGAAGGGAUGGGUCUUGGCGGAUGCAUCAUGCAGGCAGAAUACAAACCGUUGAAGAAAUUCCUAAUGGUGUUUUUCUUCUCAAUCACGACACCUGCUGGGAUAGCACUAGGUAUGGGGUUAUCAAAGACGUACAAAGAGAACAGUCCUACAGCACUAAUCACAGUCGGAUUACUAAACGCAUCAUCAGCUGGUCUGUUAAUUUACAUGGCGUUGGUUGAUCUUCUUGCUGCCGAUUUCAUGGGUCCAAAACUGCAAGGAAGUAUUAAGCUUCAGCUCAAGUCGUAUGUUGCUGUCCUUUUGGGUGCUGGUGGUAUGUCUCUCAUGGCCAAAUGGGCUUGAACACAUACUCAACCAUAUGUUAUGCACUGAUUGUCAACUGUUGCUAUUGUCAUCCACGGCACUUGUGUGUCCAUCCUUUCAGCAUCACCAACCACCGUAUGCAAGAACAUUGAAUGGAAUCCAAGAGAGAAUGAAAAUGUUGUAAUAAAUAAAAUAUAGUAAUUUAAUCUGCGAUUUGAUCUUACUUUCUCCAAGUGUGUGGGUAUAUUAGCUAUCUUCAUGUAGGUGUUAAUUUGCCUUGAUAUUGACUUGAAUACAUUUAAUCAUCCAUUUUAUAUU